AUGGUCAAGCUCUCAAACCCGGCGUUCAAGGAACAGAGGCGAUUGUGGCAGGAUGUCAUGUCGCCUCAAUUUCUCCGAAAGGUCGUCGCUCCAAAUGUGCAUCGCUGCGCGUCUGAGUUAGUCGAACUUUGGAGUCGGAAAUGUGCCCUUGCAAGCGAGCACCCUUUCAAGGCUUUGGAUGAUCUGGAGUUGGCAGCGUUUGACUCCAUCUGGAUCGCUAUGCUGGGAACUCGACUCACUGGCCUCCGCGACGAGAUGAAGGCGCUCGAAAAUGAACGUUCUGCAUCAGGCUCUGACAAAGACGAGCCUAUUGAGUUUCCCAAGGCGCCUCGGUCAAUCAUGUACCAUGCAAUCGAGUACGUCAACGGCACUAUUGAGCGAAUUAUGAGAUCUCCAUUCCCAGCCAAGCACCACUGGUGGAUUCGACAGUCAAAGCAAUACAAAUACUACAGCAGCUUUAAGGAUAAGGAGAUUGAUAGGCUGAUUGUGAGGGCCCGUCUACGCUUCGAGAAGCUCACUAGUCAGGGCGACAUAGUUAUUGAGGACGAAGGAGACACUUGCGCCAUGGACCUAGUCCUUCGGCGUGAGGCGAUCGCAUUUGCCAAGACAGGGCAACGCUCCCCAGCAUCCAGUGACACGGCAAUGCGCGAUGAACUUGCGAUGUUGCUGGUAGCGGGCCACGAAACAACCGCCAUCACACUUGGUUGGGGCUUAAGAUCACUGGCUGAUAACCAAGGGAAGCAAUCAAAGCUCAGAAGAAGCCUUCAAGAUGCCUUCUCACCUGUGCCUGUAGGAUCUGUGCCAUCCGCCUCUGACAUUCUAUCCACCUCAAUUCCCUAUCUUGAUGGCACAUUGGAAGAAAUUCUACGUUUCGCCAACACCGUGCCUCUACUAGCUCGUUCUGCCAUAAUCGACACUACCAUAUUGGGUUAUCACGUGCCGAAAGGAUCCCACAUCAUGUGCAAUGCUCAGUUCAUGAACGAGCCCAUAUAUAUACCAGAUGCUGCCCGCAGCGAGUCCAGUCGGGCAGCUUGGGAACGCCGCAAAGGACAUGCUUUUGCCACGACGGAUAUAAAGCGUUUCAUGCCAGAGAGAUGGAUCAAGAAAGACGAAAAUGGCGUGGAGGAAUUUGACUCUGCAGCAUUGACGAGAAUGCAAUUCUCUCUGGGACCGCGAGGCUGCUUUGCCCGUGGGGCCAUCAGAAGAUCUUACGCCCUCCUCAACAAUGCUAUGUCCGACUUCGGAGAGUUUGAUGUAGUUUUCACAUAG